GGAACUAGAGAGGAUUGAAUACAUUGUUGUUGCAUUGUUGCAUGCGGUGAGAUGGCUAAGACUACCCGAUCGAGGCAGGUGAGGCGGUGAUCGAUCGCGCGCUGGUGGAGAGGGAGAUGGCGUCUAAUUAGUUGGAGUGGGACUGCGAGUGUUGAGGUUCAGUGCUCAGAUGGAAUGCUCAGUAUGUCAACAGAAGCAGCGCCAGUUCUACUGCCACGACUGCCUCAAGCAACAUGUCCUCUCCUUCCGCCUCCAGUCCACCCACCUUGCUCACGACAGAGAUGCCUCCGUCGCCUCUGCACAGAACUCCCUCUCUUCUGUAGUCCAGCCCGCUCGUCUCAGACGUGCUGACGUCCGCGAGUGCGAAGAUCGUGUGCGAGAGGUCUGGGAUGGCCUCGAGGGCGUUAGAAAGCACAAUGACAGCCUAAUAUCUCGCAUCCGUGACCUACGCGACACUCUCUCAACUCGCAGGCGUACCCUUGCCAUUGCCUCCACUACUCUCAUCCCCUCUGCCUCCUCGUCUUCGUCCGCUUCCUCUCAUUCACGUUCUCAUUCUUCCUCCGCCUCACCUCCUCUCCUCUCCACUUCUCCUUCUACACCAUCUCGUCCAUCCGCCCUCUCAAUUAGGCGCAUGAGUGGCACAACUGCCCGUAUCCCAGGUACCACUCUCCCCAUUCCAAUCGUAAAGUCUUUAGAUCCCACUCCCUCUAUACCAGCUUCUACUUCCACUCCUCCAUCCGUAUUGACCUCUGCAUCUACCUCUCCUCGAACCCGUCCACUCUCUGUUCUCGCACGUCCUAAUUCCCAACCGCUCGUAUCCCAAGUACACUCCUCACCACAGCCUCCUUCAACCAUUGCAGGAGACCCAUAUUUGGCACAUCAGAUCGCAGAGGCCGAGUCUAAUCUCGCUCAUCUCUCUGACACCAUUGCCAGGGCGCGGAGUGGCUUGGUUCAAGAAUUGGUAGAGGUCUUUAGCGUCGUCGAGGUUGGCGGGCGUCCGCCCGUAGGAGGCAAGGCGGGAUCGAAAGGUGAAUGGACGAUCGGUGGAUUAGUCUUACCAGUCCCAGGAGAUAUUCGACGAUACCCACCAGACCACAUCAACGCCGUCCUAACCCACACCAUCCAUUUCCUUUCCCUUCUCGCCUUCUAUCUCGGUAUCAAACUCCCCUUCGAAGUAGUUUGGAGUCGAUCCGGAGUCUCGCCCGGCUCCCAUUCAUCCAAUUCUUCCAGUUCAGGCAAGUUCACCUUUCUCCAGUCGUGUUUAUCCUUUCGAAUGGCCACAAUGUCAUUAUGUUUGGAGAUAUUGAUUAAUGACAUCUAUUUAGGCGAUUCGAAUGCACGAGGGGGCGUGUAUGGUUUAUUAGGUGUUGGGACACCUUGGAUAGGAGCUAUCCGAGGUGGAGAAGGAGGCGGUUGGGCUCGAUGGUCAACAAAGCACCCUCUACACGUCUCCGCAUCCUCACGUCCAGCCUCAACCACCCCCGCAACCUCCCCCACAUCCCCCACAUCCCCAUCCCAAGCACACUCCUCAACAUCCAAACCCACUCCUCCCACUUCCCUGACAUCGUCUCCCAUCGACUUAUCCGAUUCGACCUACUUAGCGUCAGCUAUGAGCACACCUUCGUCGACGAGUGCUUCGGGGACGAGUUUUACUACGGCGUUGUCGAUGUUGCUUUAUGAUGUUUGUUAUUUGGCGUUCUGUGAGGGUGUGGAUAUACCGCUUGCACAGGCUGGUGAGGUGCUGGGUAAUUUGUGGGGGGUUUGUUGUAGUCCUGAACUGGGCAGGAAAUCACACGCAACACAUCCACAUAUCCCCUACCCAACACCCCCUUCCUUCCCCCUAGACUUCGCACAACUCCUUCAAGCAACGACGAGUAACCCGUCCAGAGCCAACGCUCGUGUACGUGGGUUCAGUUCGAGUCAUUCUAAGGAUGCUGGUGGUAGUGGGAAGCGUGGUGGGACGAGUAUUGUUGGUACCAGUGGGGGACGGAGGAUGAGAGGGAAUGGGAGGAGGGAGGAUGUUAUCGAGGAAGAGGAUGGUUGGGAUUUAGUUUGAUUUCGGGGGUUGGGGAGACUUUGGGUCUUUGCAGUGAGUUCUGUGCCAUACCUUGAUGUAUCUAUAUCCAUCGCUGCCGCUUGCAUGUUGACCGCUGUAGUAUAUCGCUGAUAGAAUGAAAUAUAUUGUAUUAUAACCGAGUAACGGCGUAGUGAUGCGUAGUAUUCCAUGAAUACAGUCCGAAUGGUUUG